CUUCCACUCCCAUUAUCUCUCACUCUUCACAUCACCAUGGAUAUCUUCAAGAUCUUAUCUCGUGGAGUUUCCCUUAAAGGCUCCAAACAAGCCACCACUGGUUUUUCCACUGCCAAAACCAAGCCGGUUGAAACCGUGAAGAAGAACGAGAAUAUGGACCACCAGGUCGACAAGGAACUCGAUUUUUUCCACACAAAGAAGCACGCACCGGUAAAGAAGGAACAAAAGGCGGAUGAAGCUGUCGACGAAGAAGAAGUGGUGCCACCGCCAAUGAUCACCACCGAGGCGGACGCGGUUGCAUUGAGAAAGUCGUACAGGGGUAAGGCUACGGGUGAUGACAUUCCGCUUCCGAUCGGCUCGUUCGAGGAUUUAAUAGACCGAUUCCAGCUCGACAAGAAGCUAUUGUCUAACUUGAUCGAGUCCGGGUUCACGGAGCCCACCGCGAUUCAAUCCGAGUCCAUCCCGAUCACCUUACUUAAUAGAGACUUGUUGGCAUGCGCGCCGACCGGAUCCGGUAAGACGCUUGCUUUUUUGAUACCAUUAAUCCAGCAGUUGCAGACGAACAAGAAGAACCACGGGAUCCGCGGGUUGAUCAUUUCUCCAACGAAGGAGUUGGCACAGCAGAUCUACGACGAGUUGGAGCGUCUUACCAAGGGCAAGAAAUUGCAAAUAGGGAUUUUAUCCAAGUCACUUGCGGGUAAGUUGAAAAACAAGAUUGUUCAAUCUUCGAAGUUUGACAUUCUCAUCUCCACGCCUUUACGGCUUAUCGACACUGUCAAGGAAGAGGCGAUGGAUUUGUCCAAGGUGGAGCACUUGAUCUUUGACGAGGCUGACAAGUUGUUUGACCAGGGCUUCUUGGAACAGACGGACGACAUUUUGGCCGAGUGUUCCAACCCAAAAUUGAGAAAGUCCAUGUUUUCCGCCACCAUUCCGUCGGGUGUGGAGGACACGGCCAACUCUAUUAUGCAUUCUCCCGUCAGAAUCAUCAUCGGUCACAAGGAGGCAGCCAACAGCACCAUCCAGCAGAAGUUGGUCUACACGGGUAACGAGGAAGGGAAAUUGAUUGCUGUCAGACAGAUGAUCCAAGAAGGCGAGUUUAAGCCGCCAAUCAUCAUUUUCUUGCAGUCCAUCACCAGAGCCAAGGCGCUUUUCCACGAGUUACUCUACGAUCGCUUAAACGUGGAUGUGAUUCACGCAGAGAGAACACCGGCGCAGAGACAGAUGGUGAUCGACCGCUUCAAGAGCGGGGAGAUUUGGGUGUUGAUCUGUACCGACGUCAUCGCCAGAGGUAUCGAUUUCAAGGGUGUGAACAUGGUCAUCAACUACGAUGUGCCACAAUCCGCCCAAGCCUACGUCCACAGAAUCGGGAGAACCGGUAGAGGGGGCAAGGAGGGUAGAGCCGUAACCUUUUUCACCAAGGAAGAUUCCGUUGCAGUCAAGUCUGUCAUCAAUGUGAUGAAGCAGUCGGGUCAGGAGGACGGCUAUGGUUUGUGGAUGGAAAAUAUGACCAAGCUCUCCAAGCGCGAGAAGCAGAGCAACAAACAGAAGCCGGUUGAAAGAAAAAAGAUCAGCACCGUUCCGAGCGUUAUCAAGAAUAAGCGCAAGCAGCGCGGCGAGAUGAUUGAGGCAUCAAAGAAGAGAAAGGCCGAGGGGUCAAAGGUCGAGAGAUCAAAGUUCGAUGGAUCAAAGGUCGAAGGCUGAAUUGCCGUGUAUAGCAUGUAUUAAUAAAGUAAUUGGUAAUAGAAGGGCAGAAUAGGCAGG